CGCGUGAACAGUGUGAAAGAGCGCGCACGCACUUACCCAAACACAGGGCUGUGCGUGCGCACGUUUGCACUGGAAGCAUGUGACGGCAGAUGCUCGUGCUCUGGAGCCUGCUUGGUUUAGUGCGUAAUUUGCGCUGAAAAACGGGAAAGAAAAUAAGCGAGUGAACCGCACAGAAGUCGUAGUGGGAGAAAACCAAUACCAUUUUUUUACGAUUUCUUCUUCAGAAUUGUGUCAAGACGUUCCUGAAAUAUAUGCUGUGACAACCGGGGUACCGACCAAUGUCAGUUGCAAGUCAAUUGAGCUUGGUUGUUAAAAAAAAUAUUUGAUCAACUACGGACUCUACUCCCGUGGAAUAUAACUUGGAUUUUCGUGCAGGCCUGGGAUAUUGUGAGCCUUGGAAAAGCUAACAGGGAAUCAUUUGUAAUACAAUGGAGGUGGUGGCAGUUACAGAGAGAAAACGGGUCAGUUCUGAUCGUAGAAAGGAGAAAUCAAGAGAUGCAGCAAGAUGUCGAAGAGGCAAAGAGUCGGAGGUCUUCUACGAGCUGUCCCACGAGUUGCCUCUGCCUCACAAUGUCACCUCGCACCUGGAUAAGGCAUCCAUAAUGAGGCUGAUCCUCAGCUACCUUCGCAUGAGAAAUGUACUCGGUGCUGCAGGUGACCAAAAGGAGGAGUCUGAAUUGGAGAGCCAAUUUAACAACUUCUACCUGAAAGCACUGGAUGGAUUUGUAAUGGUCCUGUCAGAGGAUGGAGAUAUGGUUUAUCUUUCUGAAAAUGUCAGCAAGUGCAUGGGCCUUACUCAGUUCGAGUUAACAGGGCACAGCUUGUUUGAUUUUGCACACCCCUGUGACCAUGAGGAGUUGAGAGAAAUGCUCACACACAGAACAGGAUCCACCAAGAAGGGUAAGGAGCAUAAUACAGAACGCAGCUUUUUCCUCAGAAUGAAGUGCACUCUGACCAGUAGAGGCCGUACUGUUAAUAUCAAGUCUGCAACUUGGAAGGUUCUUCACUGCACAGGCCACAUCCGGGUGUGUGACCCCUCCAAAGGAGAACAGAAUAACUGCGGGUACAAGGAGCGCCCAAUGACUUCCAUGGUGUUGAUCUGCGAUCCAAUCCCACACCCGUCAAAUAUUGAGGUUCCAUUGGACAGCAAAACAUUUCUAAGUCGCCACAGCCUAGACAUGAAAUUCUCAUACUGUGAUGAGAGAAUUACAGAGCUGAUGGGAUACCAGCCUGAAGAUCUCCUGGGCCGUUCAGUGUAUGAGUAUUACCAUGCCCUGGAUUCUGACCAUCUUACUAAAACGCACCAUGACUUGUUUGCAAAAGGACAAGCCAUCACAGGGCAAUACCGGAUGCUGGCCAAGAAAGGGGGGUUUGUUUGGGUUGAAACUCAAGCUACUGUCAUCUACAACACCAAGAAUUCUCAGCCACAGUGCAUUGUGUGUGUGAACUAUGUCCUGAGUGGUGUAGUUGGAGAAGACCUUGUAUUUUCCCUGGGUCAGACUGAGAAUGUAUUAAAACCAGUCGAGUCUCCAGAUGCAGACAUUACAAAGCUCUUAAUGCAGGUUGAUCCAGAGGAGAAUACAAACAGCCUGUUUGAGAAACUGAAAGAAGAACCAGAGGCCUUGACACUGCUUGCCCCAGCUGCAGGAGACACCAUCAUUUCUUUGGAUUUCAGCAAAUCAGAUAAUUCAGAGAUAAAGAAGCUUGAGGAGGUUCCAUUGUACAAUGAUGUCAUGCUGCCUUCAUCCAGUGAGAAGAUGCUGAUGUCCCCUCUCCCACCCACAGAAGUGGUGAAGCCAUUGCUUAGCAGUCAUGACCCAGUUUUGAAUGUGGAAGUAGUCACAAAGCUGGAGUCCAGCACAGAGCCACUGGGAAUUUCAUUUACCAUUCCUCAAACACCAGACUUACCUUUACCAAGUGCAACCCAGAGUUUGCCAGAGCCAAGCAGUCCCAGUGAUUACUGCUUUAAAGUUGAAACUGAUUUUUCCGGUGAGUUUAAGAUGGAUCUGGUUGAGAAACUCUUUGCCAUUGAUACUGAAGCUAGGACCCCCUUUACUACACAGGUUGCAGAUGACUUUGAUUUGGAAAUGUUGGCUCCUUAUAUCCCAAUGGAUGAUGACUUCCAGUUACGCACACUGGACCAACUGUCUUCUAUAGAGCCCAUCUCUGCAAGCCCUCCUGACAUCUUUCAUAAAGCUCAGACAUUAGUCACAUUUGCACCAACAGCAGCAAAGUAUGAUGUCCUGCCCCUGAUGAGUAUAGUCUCACCUCUGCAUAUGACAGAAGAAGUAAAGAGUGCUCCAAAUUCGCCUUUCAGUGGAAAAAAUAGCCGAACAUCCUCUCCGAUCAGAAAAAGCACACAACCUCUAGUAAAGUUGGAGGAACAGUCUAACCAAUCCCAUCCAGGAACUCCUUUGAGAAGUAAAAGGCCUACUGCUUUCGAUGAAGAGUUAUCCCCAAAGAUGCUAGCUCAGCGGAAGAGAAAACUAGAAAGUGGGCUCUCACUUUCCAAGGCAGUUGGCAUUGGUACUCAGCUACAUCAACAUGAGGGGACAUUGAAAAGAUCCAAGGCAUCUGAGGAUAGUGGUAAAGAGGUGCUGACGCAUAAGACCAUUCUCCUACUGCCAACAGACUUGGCAAGCAGACUGCUAGCCUGUUCAUUUGAAAACAGCGGAUUACCACAGCUCACCCGUUACGAUUGUGAAGUAAAUGCUCCGGUUCAAGGCAAACAGACCUUGCUUCAGGGUGAAGACCUAAUCCGGGCUCUGGAUCAAGUCAGCUGAAGCACACUCUCCUGUGCGACACUCAGUCUGGGACACUGGUGAAUCCGCAUCCAAAUCAGUCUAUUUAUAUUUUCUAUAUCUGAAGCCAGGCUACAGUGCUGCACCCACUUAGUAUAGCAGCUGUAGUAUAAUCCAAAACCUUUGUUUUAAAAUAUCUGCUUUGUUGACAAAAAAUAAGAACAUCUAUGGGCACGGAGCAGCACAAGUGGAAAGUCACGCUGUGUAGUGCUGGCAGCUUUAUUGCAGUCUUAUCAUGUUUCUGGUGUUUUAUCACCAAGGUUUUUUUUCGUAAUCCUACUUCAGUGUUGCUAGCUGCCUGAUAUGUCAUACUUUUACCCUGUCUGUUAAGUAAGAGUGCUUUGCCAGCAGUGCAUUGUAGCGACACUCGCACAAUAUAUAUUUUCUUAAACUAUACCAGCAGUUCAUGCAAUAUAUUAAACAUUUUUAAACUACUUUUAAUGAAAGAUUCAGCAAUUUAUUUUUUCUUCAGUUAUUUUCUAUAUAGUAGUAAAACCAUAUUUAGUCUGGAAUGCACAAGUCACAUGCUGUUUAUUUGUACUUAAAGAUUUGAAUUCAUUGUUACAAACGCUCUGCCUGAUUUGGUAGUCUGUGGGUGGGUUUCAUCUUGGGAUGUUAACAUUUCGGAUUCUAAUAGAAUAUAUGUAUAUUUUCAGUAGUCACUUUUUACCAGCUAAAGUCUUUACUGUAGUUGUAAAAGUUCAUGCUUAAUUAUUGUGUAGGUAAAGAGUAUACAUGUUACACUUGUCUGCUGUGGUGUAGAUGAUGAAUCAAACAAGAAGUGUUGCAGGUUUUGCAUUGUUACCAAAUGCAUAAUAUGUUAAUAUACUCAGUGUUUGUUUUACAUGUGGUUAUUAACAUCAGUUUAUGAUAUCAAGUAAGGAAUAACUUUCAGUUUCUUUUUAAAACCUUUUAGCCCUAGCUACACCUUUUCUUGUGUGAUCGUAACACACAUGUAUCUCAUUUUGUUAAAUCAUCCCUUUGCUGUCUGUGGUUGGUUCUAACACUAAAUGUAUUGUUUUAUUACAUCAAUAAACAUUAUAUGUGGACCAGG